UUUAACAUUUACCGGAGUUUCCUUCCUCUCCAUCCCCUUCCCUCCCAAAAGGCAUUAAUUAGGUUUAGGUUUGGAAAAUCUGUUGUGAAUUCGGAAGGAUAAGGAUCAAUCGAAUCAUAUUGAAGCCGAGAUACAAAAAUUAGAAGACUCUAGAACUGUGGAAAGUUGAGCAAUUGACGUGUCAUGGCGGAAGAAGAAGAAGAUGAUGAUGGCCAACGCACCAAGAGUAGCUCCUCUACCUCGAAUCCGUGCCCUAUUUGCCUCGGACCUCUUCUUCCACUUCAAGAAUCCUACUUGGACCAGUGUUUUCGUAUAUAAGUUCUGUUACGAUUGCAUUGUACAUUGGACAAAAGUGGUAGCAAGCAGGCAUUCUUGCCGACCUUCCUCUGUAAGGUGUCCUAUGUGCAAGAAAGAAAAUUUUUCUGUCAUAUAUGAAAUUGAUGGAAAUUCUUUUCAACGACAUUACAUAAAUCAGGAUCUGGGAAAUAGUGCUUUCUUUUCAGAAGCUCACAAAUAUAGGUUACAGUGCUACUAUAUGGAACCAGCUCUCUUAAGCAAUAUGUUCAAGGUGACACAGUAUUGGAAGUCUCGUAAAUAUCGCCAGCAGAACCAGUGGCUCCAAAGUUGGUUGAGAAGGGAAAUUCAAGCUUUAAUCCAGGAGGAAGAUGUAGAGGUUAUAGUUCAUCACAUACUUGGAGUAAUAGACUCUCUAAGAAGAAACGACCAAAACACUGCAAAUACACCCGAAUCAAAACAAGAAAAUUUCAAGGGCUUGGUUGCUCAAGCAGCAAGCCCAUUCUUAGCUGGAAGAACAGAUCGAUUUGUAAAGGAGGUAGAGCUAUUUCUAGCUUCAGCGUUGAACAUUGAGGCCUAUGACAAGGCUUACAUGCAACAUUUGGGUUGGAAGCUUCCUGGGAUUACCUCUGCAGGCGAGGAAGAAGAAUACAGUGGAAACGUACCUUCGGUUCCAUAUCUGUAUGUCUUUGAUGGGGAUUCUGAUGGGGAUUGAGUGAACAUUUACCAGCCAUUCCUGUAACUUUUUGAGGCCCUGAAAGUGGAAUGCAAUUCUAGUUGGUUUGAAGGUCAAUUCUCUGGUUUCUUUUUCUCCAUACAGAGAAAUGUCUCCUUUGAGAUUACGAGUGGGAAGUUGGUACUUAGGUGUUGUUAUUCAGUACAUCAUCGGUAUUUUGUAUGAUGCAAAGAGUUUGAUAUGCAAGAUGAAGAGUGUAUUAUACAUAUAAAAAGUCUUUAUAUAAUAAUUAAAUAAUACACAUUUUAUGUGUAUAAUACACUUGUAAUGUUAUACAUCACAUAUUCUAUAUUUUAUAAAAUACUGGUAUCUAGCAGUGCUGAAGAA